AUGUACCCAACCCGCACCGAACUAGACGCCGAAAAUGAAGGAGAAAAAGCCAUCGCGAAUCACUGUGGCAUGCAGUGCGUGUCGCUCACGAAAGCAAAAGGCCAGUUUGUGAGCAAUGUUUCGAAUUCAACCGACCCUGUAAAUGGCCAGAACAACUCAGACGGUAUGCGGAAGGGCCAUCCUGAAGCCGGUACAUAA